AUGCGAAAACUGCAGACUAUUCUGCUCCUGUUCUGUUUACACAAGGUCACAUGCAGAAAAGUGCAAAUUCCAGAGACGGGGCUUACAGAAUGGGGUGAGAGCGACAAUGCACAGAGCCUUGUUCCCAAAGGAGCGAGUCCACGGAUCCUCAACCCUUUGCGUCUGUUUGCCAAAGGUUCCCCUGGGUUCAAGCACAACAUGAGGGAAGUGACAUAUUUAGAAAACAUGGAGGACUUCUGGGACUGGUUAUCUAACCAGACAGAUGUUCGAGAGACACAAGUGAGGACUAAACGCAGACCCAUCGUAAAGACGGGGAAGUUCAAAAAAAUGUUCGGCUGGGGAGACUUUCACUCAAACAUCAAGACCGUAAAACUGAACCUCCUCAUUACGGGCAAAAUAGUGGAUCACGGAAAUGGCACCUUCAGCGUUUACUUUCGGCACAAUUCCACUGGCCUCGGAAACGUCUCGGUCAGUCUCGUGCCUCCCUCCAAGGUAGUGGAGUUUGAGAUCGCACAGCAGUCCACCCUGGAAACCAAAGACUCCAAAGCCUUCAACUGUCGAAUUGAGUACGAAAAAACAGACCGGAACAAGAAGACUGCUUUGUGUAACUUUGACCAAUCCAAGGUGUGUUACCAAGAGCAGACGCAAAGCCAUGUAUCUUGGCUCUGCUCCAAACCCUUCAAAGUCAUAUGCAUCUACAUCGCCUUCUACAGUGUUGACUACAAACUUGUACAGAAGGUAUGCCCUGAUUAUAAUUACCAUAGUGACACGCCAUACUCUUCCACUGGAUAG